AUGUCAUCAGAUGGAGAAUUUACGAGAACUCAAAUAUUUGGGACAGUAUUUGAAAUUACCAAUAGAUAUACUGAUUUAAAUCCAGUCGGGAUGGGAGCUUUUGGAUUAGUUUGUUCAGCAAUUGAUAAAUUAACUGGUCAAAAUGUUGCAGUUAAAAAAAUUAUGAAACCUUUUUCAACUUCUGUAUUAGCUAAAAGAACUUAUAGAGAAUUAAAAUUAUUAAAACAUUUAAGACAUGAAAAUUUAAUUACUUUAGAUGAUAUUUUUAUUUCACCAUUGGAAGAUAUUUAUUUUGUUAAUGAAUUACAAGGUACUGAUUUACAUAGAUUAUUAACUUCUAGACCUUUAGAAAAACAAUUUAUUCAAUAUUUUACUUAUCAAAUUGUAAGAGGUAUGAAAUAUAUUCAUUCUGCUGGUGUUAUUCAUAGAGAUUUAAAACCUUCAAAUAUUUUAAUAAAUGAAAAUUGUGAUUUAAAAAUUUGUGAUUUUGGUUUAGCAAGAAUCCAAGAUCCUCAAAUGACUGGUUAUGUUUCAACAAGAUAUUAUAGGGCUCCAGAAAUUAUGUUAACCUGGCAAAAAUAUGAUACUGAAGUUGAUUUAUGGAGUGUUGGUUGUAUAUUGAGUGAAAUGAUUGAAGGUAAACCAUUAUUCCCUGGUAAAGAUCAUGUUCAUCAAUUUUCAAUUAUAACUGAAUUAUUAGGUUCACCACCGGCAGAUGUUAUUGAUACAAUUUGUUCAGAAAAUACUUUAAGAUUUGUUCAAUCAUUACCUCAUAGGGAUCCAAUUCCAUUUAAUGAAAGAUUUGCAAAUUGUAAUCAUGUUGAACCUGAAGCAAUUGAUUUAUUAGCAAAAUUAUUAGUAUUUGAUCCAAAAAAGAGAAUUAGUGCAGCUGAAGCUUUAACCCAUCCAUAUAUGGAACCAUACCAUGAUCCAACAGAUGAACCAAUAUGUGAAACUAAAUUUGAUUGGAGUUUCAAUGAUGCAGAUUUACCAGUUGAUACUUGGAGAGUAAUGAUGUAUAGUGAAAUAUUAGAUUUUCAUCAAAGUAUUGGUGUUGGUGGUAGUGGUAUUGGUCCAGAUCAACAAGAACAAAUAGCACAACAACAACAAUCAAUAAAUAAUGGUGAAAAGAUAGAAAAUUUUAAACAACAACAGCCUCAAGAACAAAAGAUUUGA